AUUACACCAAGAGGACUUCACACGUGCCUGUCUCCGCCAGCACGGGCCACCACUGGCACUUUCCUGGCUCAGCAGAAAGAGCCGACGAUGGAGCCGCUUCCCCGCGGCCCCGGCCGUGCCGCCUGGCCGCUGACCUGCCUGGUGCUGCUCUCCCUGUACGGCUGGCCAGGUGCGGGUGCCCAGGUGAGUCCGGACUUCGAGCUGCAGCAGCCCCAGGACAAGGUGUCGGUGGCAGCGGGGGAGACGCUCACCCUGACCUGCACCACGUCUGCAGCCGGUCCCCUCGGCCCCGUGAAGUGGCUGAAGGGCUGGGGCGAUGGGAACGAGACAGUUUAUGACCAGGCGGUUACCGUCCCCCGCGUGACGCGGAUAGUGAGUCAGUCCAACACAGACUUCAGCAUCCACAUCAGGGAUGUUCGCCCCGAGGAUGCCGGCACCUAUUACUGCGUGAAGUUCGACAAACGGGUGGUCAGUCUUGAUGUGUUUCGACGUGGAAAGGGCACGGUGGUGUCCGUGCACGCCAAACCCACCCCCCCAGUUGUGUCUGGACCCGACAACAGAACGGGGCUGGGGCAACGGGUGCCUUUCACCUGCACGGCCGGAGGGUUCUUCCCCAAAGAGAUUGAUGUGAAAUGGUUCAAGGACAAGGACCGGAUCUCAGUUCAGCCACCCAGUAUCACCCUUGGGCAGACGAAAUCCUCCUACGACAUGUCCAGCACUGCGGUGGUGACACUGCAGAAGGACGAUGUCCGCUCGCAGCUCAUCUGUGAGGUGCAGCACUCCACGCUGACGGCCCCGCUGAGGGGGAUGUACCAGCUCAGGAAAGCCCUGCGAGUUUCCCCCAAAGUCAGCGUGGUCGCUGGCGUGCCGAGCCCCGUUGAGGUGAACAAGACCAUGAACUUCUCCUGCUACGUGGAGGGGUUUUACCCAGGAGAUGUGGCCGUCACCUGGCUGGAGAACGGGAUGGAGAUAAAGGUGGAGAACAUCUCCCAGCUGGUGGAGACCCCCCAGGGCUUGUUUGAGCUGAGGAGCCUGGUGGAGGUCCAAGCGACGGAGGAGAAGAACGGGUCCGUGUUCACCUGCCGAGUGGUGCACGAUGCCCGGGGCCCCAUCGACAGCACGGCCACCCUGUGGAUCACUGUUGCAGCCAAGGGGGAAUUGAGCGACAGGACCCUGACAGAUAACGACCAUUUGCUCCUCAUCUAUAUCGUGGUGGGAGUGGUCUGCACUGUGCUGGCACUGCUGGUGGCUGCAAUUCUUUACCUCAUCCGAGCAAAACAGAGCAAGGGUAAAAGCUCACCAUCUGCUAGGUUACAUGAGCCGGAGAAGAGCAGCGAGGCCACUACCCAGGAAUCCGACCCCAACAACCUGACCUACGCGGACCUGAACUUCGACAGAGAGAGGAAGACCAUCCGCCGGAUGGUGGAGAUGAGCCAGCAGUCGGAGUACGCCUGCAUCCAGACGAACCGGGGGCCCACCGGCGAUGACAACCUCACCUACGCCGACCUGGACAUGGUACACCUCAGCAAGGCACCCAGGCGACCGGCCCCUCAACCUGAGGAGGCCGGCUCCGAGUACGCCAGCGUCCAGAUCCCGAGGAAGUGAGCAGGGCUGCAGCGGCUGCUGGGACCCCCCCCACCUCGCGGGGAGCUGCUCCGCUCCUCCCCAGGAGGAUUUUCUUGGAAGCACCGAGAGCGAUGUGAAGAUGCGCUGCGGUACCCGCGUUUUGGGAUGGAAAUGGAGCCCGCGAUACUGUGGGGGGGUCGGCUCCCAUCCGCAGAGACCCAAUUUUGCAGGGCAGCUUGGUCCCGGGGCUGCCGGCUCCAUCCAUUCGGGAUCCCCCCGCAGCCACGGGGGCUGCUCAGCCUCGGUGUGCCGGGUUUGCCCGCGAGCAGGUUAAGCCAGCGGAGCAGCGGCUCCUCGGGAAGCUCCGGCCGGACUGCGAGGAUGGGGACGGUGCCUCCAUGCCCGGCUCCCAUGGGGAUGCCGCUGCCCGGCCAGGCUUGCACGGCUUCCCGCAGCUGCCCUGACCCCACAGAGACUGGCCGGGGCCCCCGCGCUGCCUUCUGGGGCUCUCUGCCACCGGCACCUGGAAAACAAACUCUGGCUUUAAAGGAAGGACCUAAGCGUCCACCUCUCUUCCCAAGUGUCCCUUCUGCAGGACCUCGGUCUUGCACCAAGGCCAAUGAGGCUGGGAAGGCCGGCGAGCCGAGCCCCCCCUUGCUGCAGGCUUUCCCCCAUCCUGCCACCCAGGGCGGCUCCUGGUACAGCUCCCUGGCACUGAGCAUCCUCCUCCUCAUCUUCAUCUGCACAGCCUUGCCCCGUGCCGGGACGCACCAGCGCUGCCCCAAGCUUGUACAAAGCGUGCGGCUCCACGCCGGCCGGGCUGCGGGUGCCCCCGCCAGCCUGGCCCCCCUGGGAGCUCCCCGCAGGUACCGUGUAACAUGUUUUGACUGUUUGACAUGUAACUGUUAAUUUUUAGAGCUAAAACCCAAUGUUUCGUGUUGUACGUGGGUGUACUGCUGUGUACUUAACACUAGAAUAAGAAGUGCAAAAUUAAGACCGAGGCCUCAGUAACGACCCCUCAACCCCGUGGAGAGACUUACAUGACCCCCCCCCAGCUCUGCCUUUGGGGCUGGGUGGGCUUCCCCCAGCCCACCCAUGGGGACAAGUGUCUUC